UCUCUCUCUUUCUCUCUCUCUCUCUCUCUCUCUCAAAUUAUUAAUCAAUUCUUUACUAUAGAAAGGGUCUUCCUUCGUACAGUGGUAAGCUCCAUCGUUUCUUUCAAAACUUCACUGAAAUUGGGUUCUUGAGUUGACCCAUAUCGAAUCUCGACGGAGUAUUUGCAAUCGCCGGCGACUUGUUUGAGAUUUUGAGAAACCGGCGAAGAUUGGCUUUGAGUUUUCUUGAAAUAGUGAUCGAGAGUGUUGUUUGACUUAUUAUGUAGUCAAAAUCGAUGAAGUCUUUAGCAAUGUGCUGUUUUGGGGAAAAAAUAUGAAUCUGAUUUGUUGUUUGUUCCUCUAAAUUUCUCCAAUGGGUAUUUGUUUCAGUUCCGAAUACGAUGCAAAUCAUUCUUUCCAGACGACAAAAGGUGAAAUUGGACAAUAUCCGACCAAAGAAAAAUGUACAUCACCGAUUAAACCAAGAAUCAUGGAAUCACCUCACAUGAAAAGUCCUAGAAAUGGAAUGGUGAUCAAAAAAGAUGUUAAAGAUCUUCGCAAGAAUCCUGGAUAUGGUAAUCUUGAUGUUUUCACAUAUGAAGAAAUGCGAAUUGCUACAAAAGUUUUUAGACCAGAUCAAGUGUUAGGUGAGGGUGGUUUUGGAAUUGUUUAUAAAGGUGUUAUAGAUGAGAAUGUGAGACCUUGUUAUUCAAAAAUUCAAGUUGCUAUUAAGGAACUUGAUCCAGAAGGAAUCCAAGGGGAUAGGGAAUGGCUGACUGAAGUCAAUUAUUUAGGUCAACUACAGCACCCUAAUUUAGUGAAGCUUAUUGGCUACUGCUGUGAGGAAGAUCAUCGGCUUUUGGUGUAUGAGUAUAUGCCAUCUGGCAGUUUGGAAGAUCACCUUUUCCGUAGAGCAUCUGCGACACUGAAUUGGUCAAAAAGAAUGAAGAUAGCUUUGCAUGCUGCAAAAGGGCUUGCUUUUCUUCAUGAUGCAGAAAGGCCGGUGAUUUAUCGAGAUUUCAAAACAUCAAAUAUUUUGUUGGAUGCGGAAUUCAAUGCAAAAUUAUCGGAUUUUGGACUUGCAAAAGAUGGGCCAAUGGGAGAUCAAACACAUGUGUCCACACGAGUUAUGGGUACUUAUGGAUAUGCAGCUCCUGAAUAUAUCAUGACAGGACACUUGACAGCUAGAAGUGAUAUAUACGGAUUUGGAGUGGUGCUUCUUGAGAUGUUGAUUGGGAGGAAGGCCAUGGACAAGAGUCGGCCUAGCCAUGAGCACAAUUUGGUGGAUUGGGCUAGACCACUUUUGACCCAUGACAAGAAACUUUUAAAAAUACUAGAUCCUAGAAUGGAAGGUCAAUAUUCAUCCAAAGAGGCUAUAAAAGCCGCUAAUUUGGCUCAUCAAUGUAUUAGUCAAAAACCCGAAAGGUAGACCGGCCAUGGGUCAUGUUGUUGAACUGCUUGAGUCUCUUCAGACCAAUGACACUGUUGGUCUAGAAGAGACUCGAACACCAAGAUCAGUGAAAAAAAGCCCCCAAAGGGGGCUUUGAAGAAACAAGAAUUGUUGGGAAAUGAAUUCAUGAUACUGCAUGUUUUUUACCCUUUUUCUUUUAUCUAUACUUGUCUUGUUUUGAUUUUCUAGAAAUAGAAGGUAAGUGUCGUUAUGGGUUAAUGAAAAUGACAAAUCAACUAUACGUCCCUUUUAUAUUUGGGUC